CAGUCGGAAUCUGAUUGGACAGCGGCUGUAAAGGGAAGUGAAACUUCUCUGUUUUUUCUGCGUCACUCCACGGACUACACGCAGGAUUUUGUAACGAUAAUGUAAUAUUAUUAAUUCUAAAAUUGAACAAAGUAAAGUAUUGAGGCGCAGGAUAAACAGAACAUUAGAAGCGAGAGGCACGCGCACAUGUUGCACUUUGUAGAUGUGAACCAGACUGAAGGAAGUGGCACUUCCUGGUCCUCCUGCUGUCCUGGAUUCGAGUGAACCAGCCUGUCCUCUACAGAGAGCAAACACCGCACUUGUGCAAACAGACAAAAAUGGACCAUACACCACAACAGAACACGCAACAGAGCAAGGGCUCUGCAGUGAGGCACAGAGAGCACAGUGAUGAGUCUGUGGACAAAAAGGCCCUUGACAGCUCUCGGACACCCACUCAGAGUGAGAAGAGGCCAAUCAGAAGAGUGCGAAGUCCAUCCAGACCGAGGGCGUGGCUGUCCACUUCUCGGAACCCAAAGGUCGGAGGGCACUAUUAUAAGUCUCGUUUUCCAAAGGAUGACCGUCCAUUCUACAAAUCUGGCUUCAGUAACCACAGGCAUCAACCUUUUAACUACUUCCACCGCAAAGACUACCAUCGGCAAAAGCUUCAACCUUUUCCACUGAGGGGGAGGGAAAAGGAGAGAGACUGGGAGAAGGAAAGGGAGCCAGAAACAGAGAGAUAUGAUCAUGAUAAGCGAGAUGGCACUGAUGGAAGUUCACCUCCAAAACAAAGCACCAGUAAUAGACCUUUUUCACACAAGUCUUCUUCCAGCAGAGACAAGGACAAGCAGUUCACCGUUUCUCAGAGUGACAGGAGCCAAAGCAGAGAGAGCGAUCACAAGGGAAGCAAGAGCAAAGAAAGAGAGCGAAGCAGAGAUGGGGAGCUCCCCUCGACUGCGAGCCAGACGGUGGCACGAGACCUAGCCAUCCAGCAGAAGAGGAAAGAGAUAGAUGAGGUGUACUACCAGGAAUGUGAAAUGUUUGGCCUCGUGGUAAAGAUGCUAAUAGAAAAAGACCCGUCCUUGGAAGUUCCCAUCCAGUCCUCGCUGCAGAAGAACCUCAGGGAUAUCGGGGCACGAUGUGUGGAGGCCAUGGAGAGGUUCAUAGAGGAGUAUGAUUCCAGGGAGAAGUCUCAGUGAGGAGACACAAACAACUGCUUUUUAUCUCACAUCUGUGGUUUUAAUUCUGAUCUUGUUGCUAGUGAAUGAAUGAAUGAAUGAAUGAAUAUUUUAUUUUGGUUUGCAAAUCAAUCAUUACACGCAGUACAACAAUUACAACAAACAUAAAAACCAAAAAUAGAAUAGGCUAGAAGCAAAAGCUUAUUUUUUGCCUCUGCUUUUCCUCUGAUACACUGCUUACAUUAAAUUAAAUGUGUACAGCUAGUAGAUAUAAUGACAUUAGAGCUUUUUCUGUAGACUGGACCAAAGCCCCUCUCUGCACUCAGGUGAAAUAUUAAAACCUUUACUGUGAUGACAAUGUGUGAAAAUAUGAUAAUCAAAAAAAUCCACUGUAUGAAAACAUAUUUGUAUAUGAUCUACACAUAUACCAUUCUAAUUUUUACAUUUUAUCGAUGCCUGUAAUUUAUUGUUGCUGACUUUUGUAAAGCAGAUUUUUACAUAUUUGACAUAUUAAAAAUAAUCAAAAAGUA